AUGCUGGCUUUGGAGAAGGCGGGGUCGUUAUUCACUGGUUGGAUACGAUCAUGCUUGACAUGUCUACCGGGCGAGGAUGGCUGUCAACCUAGACAAUCCGAGAUCGGCGUUGAACGGGAGAUGAAAGUAUGCCACACUCAACCGCACCUUGUCCCACCCAUGAAGCUGGUGGUAUACGAUGACCUCCCCAGUCCAAGUAUCCAUCAACAUCGGAACUCACUGUCAUCAUGGUUCAAUGACAGCCGGAACUUGGCCUCGCGAGCCUCUAACCGGGCAAGCAUGUCUUUGAAACGUUCUUCAACCACCCCGUUGAAGAUUGGCGCACCCUCAGACUUUCGCAGAGUGCAAUCCUUCCACGAUCAUCCGCCACAGUCAUUCCGUUCUCCUCCACCACCAACCUAUCAACCAUUGGACCUCCGCAUUCAUCGAUCAGGCAAUCGAUUGUCAGACUUACCUUCAUUUGAAGACUUCCAGCUAAACGAGAGCACCCAGCGCAAGACGCUACCAGUGCCCGCUCGUGCUCUCACGACUUCAACAGGAGUUCGAGACCGAUAUUCUCAAAAAUCAUUUGUAGUCUCUCGCAAGCCAGUUGGGUCUCAGAAACGGCGGUCACUUGGAAAUCCGGAGCCUCUGCCCGUCGAAGAGCCUGUGCGUACUACAAGUACUCUGGUUCCGCAUUUCUCCACGGUCAUUCCCGUCAAGAUCCCUCUUCCAGAAGCUCAGGCAGCAUCUCUAGCCCAUGGCAGGUCAAAAUCGGAAGGGACCAAUCUCACGCCGAACAACCCGUGGCCAAACGACGCAAAUACCAGCCAGCACUGGGGACGAGUACCUCGGACUCCACCCGCACCCAAGAAUCUGUACACAGAAUCGCCGGAUACAUCCCCAUCCAAGUACUCGACACUGUCUAAGGACAGCUCUUCGUCAGUCAGCUCGCGCACGAUGCCAUCACAAAUCUCAUUGCUACGCCGUCCCUCCAUUCCAUUCCCUGAGAACCGAGACACAAUCGAUUCAGCCCCCUCCUCUAUUUCCAACCGCGUAACUCAGUGGAUGUUCCCUAUGCCCAGCAAGCCCUCUACGCCCCCAAAGCAACUCUUUUUGCCCGGCGGGAACGAGUUUAAUUGGGAGCGAACCCGCACGCUGAGCGGCACCACGGUCGCGUCGACUACCACGACCAUCACCGGCGGUUUAAGAGCACGGAACAAUAGCUCCAUCUCUAGUGUCUUCUCUAAUGCUAUCACUCCCCGCACCUCCUUCCAGGUCAACUCAUCUGCUGCAGAAAAGGAUGUUGACUCUGGUGUCUGUUACCCGACCAUCUUUGAGGGCCAGCCGCAGCACCAUCAGUUCUCUUCGUAUCAUGAUAAUGGACAUAUGCGGUACCAUGAGUCUGGUAUUGGGUUGGCGUUUUGA